AUGGGCCACAAGGCCGAGUUGGAUCGCAAUUUUUCCAUGCUGUCGAUGUUAGGACUGGCGUUUGCGAUUCUGAAUUCGUGGACGGCUCUUUCAGCAAGUUUAUCGCUGAGUCUUCCCUCCGGAGGAAGCGUGAGCGUUGUUUGGGGUUUGAUCACAGCGGGGAUCUGUAAUCUCUGCAUUGCGGCUUCGCUGGCUGAGUUUUUGUCUGCGUAUCCUACGGCUGGUGGACAGUAUCAUUGGGUUGCAGUCUCCUGGGAGAGAUGGAUGCCGAUUCUGUCUUGGAUUACUGGCUGGGUGAAUGUGUCUGGCUGGGUUGCUCUCGUUGCUACUGGUGGGCUCUUGGGCAGUCAAUUGAUUCUGGGGGUCAUUUCCCUGAUGAAUCCGGAAUAUGAGGCGCAGCGUUGGCAUCAGUUCCUCAUCUACAUUGCUUAUAAUAUUGCUGCGUUUAUCAUCAAUGCCUUGAUGAACUCUGUUCUUCCGUAUAUCACUAAGAGUGCCUUCAUCUGGUCCCUCUCUGGGUUUACUGUCAUUUGUAUUACGGUGCUGGCAUGCGCGUCGCCAAACUACAGCUCGGCAAAAUUCGUGUUCACGGAUUUCAUCAAUGAGACAGGCUGGCCGGAUGGGGUUGCCUGGUUGCUUGGAUUGCUUCAAGGUGGACUUGGUGUUACAGGAUUUGACGGUGUCGCGCAUAUGAUUGAAGAAAUUCCCCGUGCUUCAAUUGUCGGCCCCAAGAUCAUGAUCGGCUGUGUCUGUAUCGGAACCGUAACCGGUACCAUCUUCCUGGUUGUUUUGCUCUUUGUUGCUGGCAACAUCGACGAUGUGAUCAGUUCGGCGGCCGGGCCUCUUCUACAGAUCCUCAAGAACGCAACCAACAGCAAUGCCGGAGCCAUCUGCCUGCUGAUGUUCCCCCUGGUCUGCAUGCUUUUUGCAACCAUUUCCAUCAUGACAACAAGCAGCCGUAUGAUCUUCGCUUUUGCAAGAGAUGGAGGUCUUCCGGCUUCUCGCUUCUUCAGCAAAGUGCACCCCAAGCUGAAGGUUCCUCUGAACUCUUUGUAUCUGAAUCUGGCACUGGUGGUCAUCUUUGGAUGCAUUUUCCUUGGCUCUACCAGUGCUUUCAACGCCAUUGUCUCCGCUUCUGUGGUACUGCUUGAUAUUGCGUAUGGCAUGCCGAUUGUCGUCAACUGCCUGCGCGGACGCAACAUGCUCCCCGAGCGCCCAUUUGUCCUUCCUAAUAUUGUUGGCUGGAUUGCCAACGCGGUCUCCCUUGUUUACAUUUCUGUCACCACUGUGCUCUUCUUGUUCCCUCCAGACCUCCCCGUAUCGGGCAGCAGCAUGAAUUACUGCGUCGCUGCCUUUGGCAUUAUCAUCGUUAUCUCGGCUAUUCAGUGGGUCAUUGACGGACGGAAGAACUUCACUGGACCACGGACCGAUAUGGACAUCUUGACAGGACAACUCCCUGUUGGCCAUUACCCUGUCGACAGCAAUGCUGCGCAUGUCGUACCUCAAGGAAAGUAG